GCGACCGCAUCCUCACGGGCACGCCUCCGCAUCCCUACCUCCGUCUUCCUCAACCUCCCUCCGCCAUUUCGAUCAACUACAGAGAUGGGGCUUGGAAUCCUAAGAUCAGCUCUCCGACCGUUAACGAGGACCUUGGGAUCACGUCCCUUCACUUCCCUGACACCAUCUCCGUCCGCUUUCAUUUCCCCUAAAUCGGGGUUUAAUCUCCGUUCUCUUGGUGCAGUGGGAACUAAAGCUCCUUGGUUCCCAAUUUCGAACCAUUUCAACAGUUUGACCGACACUCGGUUUCCGAAGAGACGGCCCAGUGAUAAACCUCGUCGGAAGAGGGCCAGCUUGAGACCCCCUGGGCCUUACGCUUGGGUUAAAUAUACCCCUGGGGAGCCUAUUCAGCCUAAUCAACCGAAUGAAGGAAGCGUGAAAAGAAGGAAUGAGAAGAAACGCAUUAGGCAGCGCCGCGCGUUUAUCCUGGCUGAAAAAAAGAAGCGACAAGCUCAACUUCAAGAGGCAAACAAAAAGAAAAUGAUCAAGAGAGUUGAACGAAAGAUGGCUGCAGUAGCAAGGGAUAGAGCAUGGGCUCAAAGAUUGGCCGAACUGCAACGGCUCGAAGACGAGAAGAAAAAAUCUAUGGAAUAGAUUGUGUGGGCAUGGUUUGCUUUUUUUUUUUUUCCCAAUAAAAGAGUUUUAUUUCCCAAGUAGAUUCUUUUUCUUUUGCUGAAUUGAACACGAAUGAAACUGUAGUACACAGCUUUAAGAGUAGGGCCAUUUUGGUGGUGUCAUCAUAGACAUGAGCUUCAGCAUUUAAGAUAGUAAAUCUUUUUUCAACUAAUGGAGAAGAAACUGGGUUGCUAAUGUCAUCUCUGAUACGGGUGCUCAGCAAAUGGUACUUGAAAGUUGAAGGAUGAUCAGAGGAGUGCAGAUUAAGCUCUCUCUCCUAUAAAUUAAUCCACACCGACACAGACUGAAUUUUUGGGUAUUCCCCGACGCCCAAAAAAGGGGGGACAGUAAUAUGGUGGAUGGUUGAAUCAUGUGAACUGUGAUUGUCAUGGGAAGAGGACACGCCCACCAGUGGGCUCUACCAACUUCAUAUCACUACUGACCCACUUAGCCUUGUAAUUGGUAUGGCCUCUCUCUUAAGCUCAUUCAAAUUCCUAUUUGAUUGACAGAAUUGAAAUUGAAAUGAUGUACGAAUCUACACCCAUUAUUAUUA